AAAUAAAUGAACACGACUAUAAGUUUAACACGACUCUCAGGUUAUUAUACAUUUAUAUUAUAUAUAUAUUAUUAAACUCUUGCCCUGAAUGCUGCGUUGCUUUUGACCCACGGCCUCGACUGUCCGCGAAGGGAGCAUGCAACCCGGAAGUGGAGGCUCAGAGUAGCGGAAGUGAGUGGACGGCGGCGGCAGCAGGUCCGAGUCCGGGUUUAACUUCACGCGGUCGGUGUCGCACGGUUCAUUGGCCGCGGUUUGUCGGGAGUCAACGUGUCCGAGUUCAUGACGUCGCCGAGUUUCACGGAUGAUUCCUCUAAACCGUUUCCAGUCGAUGUAAACGAGUCCACGAAGGACAAAGAGUCGAGGAGCGGACCGGCCGAUGAUCGGGUUGUGUUGACGUGCCAUGUCCAACCCCACGAUCAACGUGUGCCUGUCCGGUGACCCGGCACAGAAGAGGACAGGGAAGCUGAAAAACCGGCGUUUUUAUAAAGACGUGCAACACUUCGGGCAACAGGGACACGUGGAAGGGAGACGGAGAGACGACCCCCCCGUUGGGCCCAGACAUUACCAGACCCCACUCCACAACGGCGUGAGGUCAGAGGCCACUUCCAUACAGAGCACCAGUUUACCUCGGCCCGGCGGCUCGUGGCCUCCAGCCGCCGCUCACCGCCUGCCGGCCUCCACCCUGACCGCCAACAGCCGAGGAGGCCACGACAAGCCAAAGGAACCCGUGAGCUUUAAGUCUGCAGCCGCCGACCCCGGCCCCUCGGGAUCGAACAGCGCCAAACCCGCUGUCGCUUCCACCGCCAUCCCCACGAAGUUCCUCGCCAUGGACUGUGAGAUGGUGGGGGUGGGGCCUAAAGGGCACAUCAGCCAGCUGGCACGCUGCAGCAUCGUGUCCUAUGAUGGAGACGUCAUCUACGACAAGUUCAUCAACCCCUCCAUGCCCGUCACUGACUACCGCACCCGGUGGAGUGGAAUCCGGCACCGGGAUCUCAUCAAGGCCACGCCGUACCCGGAGGCCCGGAAGGAGAUCCUGAGGCUGCUGAUGGGGAAGGUGGUGAUCGGCCACGCCAUCCACAACGACUUCAAGGUGCUCGGCUACUCUCACCCGGCGGCCUUGACCAGAGACACGUCCCGGAUCCCACUGCUCAACCUGAGGGCGGGCUUCGCCGAGCACGAGUGUGCGUCCCUGAAGAGACUCACCAAGGCCAUUUUUAACCGCGACAUCCAGACUGGGAAGAAGGGUCACUCGUCUGUGGAGGAUGCAAAAGCCACAAUGGAGCUUUUCAAAGUGGUGGAGGAGGAGUGGGAGAGGAGGUUCGCCUCCAAACCACAGGGCAGAUAACGCCAGGGCUGUGGAGACGCUGUGGAAGUUGAACUGGAUAGUAAUGAGCGUUGAGGUGCAGCAGGUUAUGAGAUCUGAACUCACUGCAGCUUCGAGGAUCAACCCACUGUUAGUGUCCCGGGAACAAGCGAGUGAAGAAACCAGGAAGAGGGGAGCUGCUCGUCCAGAGCUCUGGAGAAGAAGAACACGAGCGACUGUGCAGAGACCUGGAGCUUCAACAGAAAGAGUCUUUCUCAGGUUUCUGUUUGUUAAGAUGGUGCAUCUGCCACUAGGGGGCAGUCAGGUAUUCAUCCCAGCAGCAAACAUACAUUAUUGAAACAGCAUCUGUGAUGGCAAACACCAAAAAAAACUGUUUUAAUCAGAGCAGAAGUUCAGCUGCUCGUGGACAAGGUCUUGCUCCUGAUGGGGAAAAAAUAUUUUCAAGUCUGACCUCAACUGCUGCUGAUGGAGCUCCAUCAUGUGUCACUCAUUAGUGCAGAUCUCUAUGGUUUUUAAUUGUCUUUUAAUUCAAAUCAGAGAAACAGAACUGGCUCAUUAUUCAGGAUUUGAUCGUUUCCACACACCCAUUUUAAAAAGUGACUAAACAUCUUGUUUAGUUUUUUUUAUCUUAAUGUUUAAAAACAAAGAAGCAAAGAUUUGCGAAGCUGCUCUUGAUCAUGUGAAGGUGUUUGUGAUGCACAGUAGAUAAUUCUAUAAGCUCAUAAACACCUCAGGUUCUGGUGCAUCUGAGCAGGAGCUUCAAAAUCUAAAUGAAUGUAGUCGCUGGUCUCAGCAAUUAACUGUACAGGUAACAGAUUGUUAAUCCCCCAAAGUAUGUGGGGGGGGGGGGGGACACACCUCAGUGGUGCUACAGCCACUUUGCUCCUUCACCGGCCGACGUUUAACAACUCAUCAGAUUAAAAAAACAAAAAGAUGGAUCCUUGUUUACCUGAGUUCUUGAAACACAUUCAAUCAGCUGAUUAUAUGAGUUUACAUGGAGAGAAACCACUUUUCUAUGCAACACCAGAUGAGUUCAGGUGUUCAGCUCAAAUGAACAAGUACAGUAACUGCUGUAAACACACACACACACACACACACACACACACACACAGGAGCGUCACCUGUGCUGCAACUUGGACUGUGAGUUUGACUUUAGAGGAGAUCUGAUCUAAUGUUGGUCAAGUUAUUACAACUGGAAGCUUUUAAAUGUUUUAACUUGAUCCAAAAUCAACUAGUUCUUCUUUGUGUUAUCUUCUUGUCACGUCAGACAAUUCACAACACACACCCAGUCGUCAGACUAUUGUUCUGGAAGGUGCUUCUCAUUGUGUCAACCUCCUUUUAUAGGGAGGAUUUAAUCCAGGGCUGUUGUAUCGAGCUGUUUCUAGACAGAGCUUCUGUCAGUGAGAACAAACGUCUGAGUCUCUGGACAUGUUCUGGAUCUUCUCCUGCAGCCUCCUGGUAAAAUGUGUGUAACAUGUCAGAGUCCAUGUGAGGAACCAGCAGGACAAUGUGUGGAAGCUUCCCAGUGGACGUGUUGAUGAGGUUUCUAACACGUGACGGACGUGAAACUGGAAGAACACAAACAUCUCAGGAUGAAGAAGAGGAGCUGAACACGAAGAAGAUGAAGACGUCCACUUGGAAACACGAGGAGAUUCCAGAUCUUCUGGUGAUGAGGGCCGAGGCCCGUGUGGAGGAGCUGUAAACAACAACACUGAUCUUCCCUCAGUCUGUGUUCAUUCUGUGUGUUACCCAUGGAUUAAACUUUUCUUCUUCCUUCUUGUUUGUUUUAAAAGUUAACUGUUGAUUAAAAAAAACUUUUUGAUCCUGCUAAA